AUGAUAACAGGAAAUGACAAAAGGAAAGUGUGGCAUGGAACCCCUCAUAUUAAUUUCAGUCAGAGCAUUCUCUAUUUGAAAAUCAGAUGUAGCCACAAAAUGCAUGAAAACAUUUAUAUGAAUCCCAUGCAGCAUAAUCCAGGGUCAGAAGCGAGAGAUCAAAAUAAGAAGUUUGUCGGCAAUAAGAGGGAUGGUGUCUAUUUGGUGGUUCUUCUCUCUAUUCUCCUCUUCCUGUCUCUGCUGGCUACAGCAGUGUUGGCUUGCCUGUAUUACACCAGUAACUCAAAUCAGUUGAUAGAAUGUGAGCCAGUUAAAAACAACUCAAAUCUAGAAGACAACAAGCCACUACUUUCCUGUUCUUAUAAAGGUUUGCCAGAGAAGUGGGUCCAGGACAAGGGCAGAUUCUAUGUUUUCUCCAAUGAUACAAAGGAAUGGAACAGCAGCAGACAACGCUGUCAGGAUCUGGGUGGAGACCUGGUCAUCAUCAACAGCAGUGAGGAGCAGGAAUUUCUUGCUCAGCAAAUAGUCGAUUUUAAUGCAUUGGUGCUACACUGGAUCGGUCUGACUGACCACCAGACCGAGGGAGUAUGGCUUUGGGUGGACAACAGCCUCCUAAACAACAACAUCUCAUGGUGGAUCUACCCCCCUGACAAUUAUGAUAUGCGUGAUCCCAUGGGUGAAGACUGUGCUGUAAUAAAUGGAUACCUAAAAGGAGAAAAAUGGGGAGAUAUUUCUUGCUUGGAAAUGCAAAGAAGUAUUUGUGAGGUUCCGUGUUCUUGAUCAGUAGUACUACAGUUUUUACAGUGAUGUCAUUGAUGAACAAAAGUUGGUCCCCAAAGAACCUUUCAGGAAAUCUUUUUUUUAAAAGAACCAUUUUUAGUGUGAAGAAUAUUAUAAUGUAUUAAUCUAAACAAUGUAUUUCCACUGUAAAGAACCUUUUGUGGAAUGGAAAGUUUUGGAUGUCAAAGGUUCUUUUGACACUUCAUGACUUUCAAUACCAUUGUUAUAUAUAAUAAUGUAUUAUAUACAAUACACUUAAGAAAGAUUUACGUUCUUUAUUUUGUAAUUAUUGUUAGCAGCAAUGGCCACAGCACCUCCAUCCACCUUAUUUUGCAUUGUGGAAGUAAGCUUCUGAUUCAUCAGCCACUAUAGGUAAAUAAUUAGAAGAAUAGCAAAGUGCUACAAACCAGUGUGUUAAUAAUUAUGACAUUAAAAGAAUAUAUCAACAUCAAUAGCAACAUCAAACAUCAUAACUAGUGAAUGAAAGCCUCACGCAUGUAGAGGCCAGUCUCCAGUUAUGACUCUCAGGGUGGUUGAGAUAAUUGAGGAGGUGGAUGUUGCAUGCUUGCCAGGGUGGGCAAAUGUUCAUUAUUGGGUGGCCCAGGAGCCCUGUGAAUCUUGGUCUUGUUUGUUUCCAGUCCUCAUUAACAUAAGAAUGACAUGAUCCAGUCUGACUUUUUUAUUAAUAUUAUUAUUUUUUUAUAACCGAGCAGUAGACUUGUGCCGGUAUUCAAUAAUGCGAUAAAUUACGGUGAUGAAUAUGCACGAUAUUGUUAUUGUAGGCAGUUCUAUAUACCGUGAAUAAUUAUAUACUACAAAUUAUUCGGAAUUUGGAAUGCAUUUUAAGACUACUUUUCCCAUCAACUGUUCAAAAUGAACAAUGCCGCUGUAUGCUGCUUGAAAGAUGCAUGUACGCUCUCAUGUAAAAAAGCACGCAUGAGAAGCACAUGAGGCAACACGUGAGAGGCACGCUGUAUGAAAGCAAAGACUAUAAUUUUUGAAUGGGAAAAAAUGCAACACUCAAUAUGGCCGCUCAAUCUCAGGAAGCCCUGCCUUCUGAAUGAAAGAGCCAAUCGCUAAUCGGUAAAGUAAUUGCAUCACUGCAGCUGCUGUUAGAAAUCCUGGUUGCUAUAGAAACAGUGAGUGUUUGGAGACUGCUCUUGGGACUGUGCAUGUGGCAUAUCUAGCCUGAUUAAUAAGAUUUUCAUAAUGCUAUUUGAGCAAAAAUAACAACAUUUAUGACACAGUUGUUGUCAGAUUUCUUCUGUGAUUUCAAAUGUGAAAUAUAAUCAUAAGCAUACUGAACAGUUUUGGAGAAUUUGAUGUUUCCCCAUUCAUAGAGAUUGCACUUGAAUGCCCGAGAAGCGUUUCGAAGAUGGCCGCCGAGUGACAUGAAUUGUCUUGAAGGACUUUGAAGAAAGCACAUUCACUCUCUGACUGCAGAUGGUGCUAAACUGCAGAAAAUGCAGCCAUUAACCUGGAAACCCAUAAAUAAAGCAGCUGUGUCACUUUCUAAAACGUAUUUAAAUAGUGAUUCAGAUUUGUGGAUUUGCUAUGGUGGUCAUUACAGCCCAAAUACUUAAAUAUUUAGGCUUAAUAGGCUAUUAUUUUCAAACUUUUUUUUACAUUUUAAUCUGGACUACAACAUGUCCUCCAACCCUGCUCCUGGCGAUCAACUGUCCUGCAAAGUUUAGCUCCAUCCCUAAUCAAACACACCCUUAAUUUUUAAGUGGGCCUGAAGACCUUAAAUAGUUGCUUCAGGUGUGUUUUAUUAGGACUGGAGCUGAACUUUGCAGGACAUUCGAUCUCCAGAAGAAGUGAUACCUAUUGGUCUUCCUUGUGCACUUUAAUCGGUGUAAAACAUUUAACUUUAUUUAUUUUUCUGUAUUGCUUUAUUGUAUUUAAAUAUUCAAUUAUUUUGUUUAUAAGACAAAAGUUAUUAAACCUGUUUGUAACAACGUACAAACUUCAUAAUCAUCGGGAAGAAGGAGGCGGGAACCGGCAGACAAUUAAAUGACAUUUUAAUGACAAAAUAAAUAUAAAACAGCGCGUCAGCCCCUCACGGAUGACUGACGCGCACAAAUAAAAACCAAACACAACUAAAACCCAGGCCUGGUCCUCUCUCGUCCUUCACUGUCGUCACUCCUCUUUUAUAUCCUUCCAUCUCCUCCGUGGGACAAGCAGGUGUCGCUCAUUUCCAAUCACUCCACUGGCCUCGCUCCUGUUCCCACGGCUCUUGGCCCCGCCCCACUCGUCACACUGUUAUAAUGUACUAUGACCACUUUUUGGAAAAUAAACUUUAAUAUUGUGAUAAUACCAUAUAGCAUUAGCAAUUAAUCGCAACAUGAACAAUUGAUACCGACAUUAUGUCGGCGACAUAUCCCCACAGAGCAGUCAAAACAAGCACAAGGCAGUAAUACCUAUUAUCUAUUUUAAAAAUCUAUAAAAAAAUAUAUUAAUCCCAAUCACUGGCUCAAUUUACCCCAAAGUAUCUGGUUAUAACUUUCUGAAGAAGAAGAAAAAAAAAGUCCCUCAUACAUAUUUUGUGUUUAACUGGUAUGUACAGUAUACAGUGCAAAAGUCUUAGGCCACUAGUAUUUUCACCAACAAAAAAUGGUGAAGUCGGUCUCAGUUUGUUCUGUUUUUCUUCAUGUUAUUCCAGACAGACUGAUGAUGAUGAGAUCAUAUCAGAUCAGAUCUCUGUGUGGAGCACUGGCUGCAGUCAGACUCAUUGUGCAAGCAAAAAUCUCACUGGAUUAUUACAAUUAAAGACAAAAAUAAUGUUUGGAAAUGUAAACUGAUAUUUACUAAUGACACACUACAGCAAAACAUGGAAAUAACUGCCUUAAAAUAAUUUUUGUUGGUGAAAAUAGUAGUGGCCAAAGACUUUUGCACAGUACUGUAUGUCUAAAGGUAUUUGUGGUCUGUGAGGGCUGCUGCCUUAUCACCUUCAUUUCUGUAUGUGUGAAAUGUGAACAGCAAGAAGCUCCCCUUCAGUUCAGUAAGAGAAGGACGAUAAAGUAAGCCAUGUUUCUUUCCAUUGUAAUUGAUUGCAUCAUUAUUAAAUUAGAGUGAGAUCAGAGUUCAAUUUCUUUAACAUUUCAUCAAUUAGGUAAAAACAUAAAUAGCAAGUGUAAAAAAAAAAAAAAAAAAAAAAAAAAAGAAA